GUCCCAUUCCCUCGUGCGUCCACACCACUGAUAUUGUCUACUGGAUCUCAUUGCCUCGUCCGCCGGCCGCUUCAUCUCCAAGCAAAACAUUUGUGAGAGAAUUUGGUGUUUGUGAGUUGUUAAUUCAGCCGAAUAAAUCAUUCAAUCAUGGCUAGUUAUCAUAAACCUGAGGCCAAAACCAUUCAGGAGCUGAAGGACAUUGCUAAUAAACUCAGAAUCCAUUCCGUCCGGUCCACGCAAGCCAGCAAGUCUGGACAUCCAACAUCAUGCUCUUCUAUGGCAGAUAUCAUGUCUGUCCUCUUCUUCAAUGCCAUGAGAUACAAAAUUUCAGCACCACGCGAUGCCAACAACGACAGAUUUAUUCUCAGCAAGGGUCAUGCUGCCCCCAUCCUCUAUGCUGCAUGGGCUGAAGCGGGACUUAUGCCAGUUGCUGAACUCCAGAAUCUCCGGAAAUUCGACAGCGACUUGGAAGGACAUCCAACACCGAGGCUCAACUUCAUUGAUGUGGGCACUGGAUCCCUCGGCCAGGGACUCUCUGUUGCUGCCGGAAUGGCAUACGUUGGCAAAAAUUUUGAUAGAGCCAGCUACAGAGUGUACUGCCUGAUUGGUGAUGGUGAAUCCGCAGAAGGAUCAAUCUGGGAGGCCCUUAAUUUCGCCUCCCACUAUAAGCUAGACAAUCUCUGCGCGAUUUUCGAUAUCAAUCGCCUGGGGCAGAGUGAGCCCACAGCCCUCCAGCACAAUCUCGAGGUCUACCGCAAGCGCCUGGAGUCCUUCGGCUUCAAUGCCUUGGUGGUUGACGGUCACGACGUAGAGGAGCUCGUCAAGGCUUUCCACGAGGCCCAGACCACCAAAGGUCGUCCCACUGCCAUUUUAGCAAAGACCUUCAAAGGAAAGUACUUCCCCAACAUCGAGGAUUUGGAUAACUGGCAUGGCAAGGCCCUGGGUGACAAAGCCGACGAAACGAUUAAAUUCUUGACUUCUCUUAUCAAGAAUAACGGUCCUCUUGGCCUCCACCCCCAGAAGCCCCUCGUUGAGGACGCCCCAGUCGUCAACAUCACCAACAUCAAGCUCCAGACUCCACCUGCCUACAAAACCACCGAUCAAGUGGCAACUCGUCUCGCCUAUGGAACUGCUCUAGCUAAAAUUGCACAGAACAAUCCCCGAGUGAUUGCCCUAGACGGUGACACCAAGAACUCAACCUUCGCUGACAAAAUUAAGACAGUUGAUCCUAGUCGCUUUGUCGAGUGUUUCAUCGCUGAACAGAAUCUUGUGGGAGUGGCAACGGGAGCUACCUGCAGGGACAGAACUGUCGCCUUCGUCUCAGCCUUCGCUACGUUCUUCACGAGGGCGUUCGAUCAGAUUCGAAUGGGCGCUAUUUCUCAGUCGAACGUGAACUUUGUUGGCUCACACUGUGGAGUGUCCAUUGGAGAGGAUGGACCUUCUCAGAUGGGUCUUGAGGACAUUGCAAUGUUCAGAACUAUACCAGGAUCUACUGUUUUCUAUCCCAGUGAUGCUGUUUCCACUGAGAGAGCUGUGGAAAUUGCUGCUAACACCAAGGGAAUUUGUUUCAUCAGAACCUCAAGACCUAAUACAGCGAUUUUGUACAAGAACGAUGAGACUUUCGCUGUUGGAAAGGCCAAGAUUGUCAAGUCCAGCCAGAAGGAUCAGGUUUUACUUAUCGGAGCUGGCGUCACUCUCCAUGAAGCGCUGAAGGCUGUCGAUGAGCUUGAAAAGGCUGGAGUUAACGUCAGAGUUCUGGAUCCAUUCACUGUUAAGCCUUUGGACGCUGCUGCUGUGAUCAGUAAUGCCAAGGAGGCGGGUGGCAGAAUCGUCACAGUGGAGGACCACUAUCCCGAAGGAGGACUGGGCGAGGCUGUCGCCUCAGCUGUUGCAAUGGAGAGGGACAUCAUUGUGAAGAAAUUGGCAGUUCCUAAAGUACCCAGAUCUGGCCCCCCCAACGUUCUUCUUGAUUCUUUUGGAAUCAGCGCCAGAAAUAUCAUCGCUGCUGUUCAGGAAAUAGUGAAGCACUAGGGACUUGUCCACUAGCUAACAAUGCCACAUUCCAAUGCAUUUCUCUACUGUUUUUUGGGUGUGGACACGUGUUUGAUACAGUUUUACAUAUUACAGUUUAUGUAUGUUUAUAAACAGACUUUUGUGAAACAAUUUACAGAUUUUUCAAAUCAUUGUUAACUGGUUAAACUCUUGGAACUGGAGGAGAACUGUAUGAGAAAAAAUAUAUUUUUCACGUUUUCUGCGUAGACAACAA